AUGGCGAUCUCGAAUAAGUACGGGAAUCAACAAAAGAGAAACUUAAAAGAAAAUGAAAAUGAUUCGGAUGAAGAUACAGAGAAGCAUGUUAAAUUUGGAAGAAUAAAUUCGGAGGCACCACGACUGUGUCCUUAUUUGGAUACGAUAAAUCGACAAUUUUUAGAUUUUGAUUUUGAAAAAUUAUGUUCCGUUUCAUUAUCAAGAAUUAAUGUGUAUGCUUGUCUUGUAUGUGGAAAGUAUUUCCAAGGUAGAGGUACUAAUACUCAUGCAUAUACACACAGCGUGGCAGAAAGUCAUCAUGUAUUUCUAAAUUUACAUACUUUAAAAUUUUAUUGUUUACCCGACAAUUAUGAAAUAAUUGAUUCAUCAUUGGAUGAUAUAAAAUAUGUUUUGAAUCCAACGUUUGAUAAACCACAAAUUGCUCAGUUGGAUAAAAGCGAUAAGUUAUCAAGAGCUAUAGAUGGAUCAUUAUAUUCCCCAGGUAUUGUGGGAAUGAAUAACAUUAAAGCAAACGAUUACUGCAAUGUUAUUUUACAAGCACUUUCUCAUGUCACACCUUUAAGGGAUUUCUUUUUAAGAGAGUCUAAUUAUUCUCAUGUGAAAAGACCACCUGGUGAUUCCUCCUACUUAUUAGUUCAGCGGUUUGGAGAAUUAAUGAGAAAAUUAUGGAACCCACGUAACUUUAAAGCACAUGUUAGUCCACACGAAAUGUUACAAGCUGUUGUUUUAUGGAGUAAAAAGAGAUUCCAAUUUACUGAACAGGGCGACCCAAUUGAUUUUCUUUCGUGGUUUUUAAAUGCUCUUCACUUAGCAUUGAAUGGUACAAAAAAACUUGACUCUAGCAUAGUGUACAAAACAUUUUUGGGCCAUAUGCGUAUAUACACACGAAAAAUACCGCCACUGGAAUUAGAUGAAAGUCAAAGAAGCGAAUUGCUUCAUACUGUAGAAUAUGGUGAAACUCUAACAGAAAGUCCAUUUUUAUACUUAACAUGUGAUCUACCUCCGCCUCCUCUUUUUAAGGACCAGUUUACUGAAAAUAUUAUUCCUCAAGUUAAUUUAUACACACUGUUAAAUAAAUUCAAUGCAGUGGCUGAAAAAGAAUAUAAAACCUACAAGGAGAACUUCAUGAAAAGAUUUGAGAUUACAGAACUUCCUCCUUACCUUAUACUUUAUAUAAAAAGAUUUACAAAAAAUACAUUUUUUGUAGAGAAAAAUCCUACUAUAGUUAACUUCCCAGUUAAAAAUGUAGAUUUCGGAGACAUUUUGACACCUGAAGUGAAACAAAGGCAUCCUUAUACAACAUACGAUUUAGUUGCAAAUAUUGUUCAUGAUGGUGAGCCUGGUCAAGGAACAUACAGGGUCCACAUUUUGCACAGAGCUACUGGUCAGUGGUAUGAAUUACAGGACUUACAUGUAACUCAAAUUCUACCACAAAUGAUAACAUUGACUGAAGCAUAUAUACAGGAUGGAUAUUUAUUAAAAUACAUUACAAAGAAACGUGAUCUGAUUCAUUAUAGAAUAAUGCGUAUUUUUCCCGAUUCCGAUGGUAAACCUUAA